GAUUAUUACAGUGGAAAAUGGCUUCUCUGGUCGUUACCGCCGCAAGAACGCCUAUUCCAUCAGACAAACAUGAAGUCUAUGUAGCUGCGAUGCCUCUCAGAGCCGCAAAGGGCCCUGCACAGCUGCUCAUGUCUGCGGCUUACUCUCUCAAUAUCUGGGAUUUACAGCACUAUUUAGUCAUCAUCAGAUCCAUUUCAACUUCUCAACCUCAGGCCUUUGUUUUUGAUUUUCAGCCUCAAGAUCCUCAGAAUAUAUAUGUAGCACUUGCAGCCCUCUCUGGUAGAGGAGUACCAGGAACUGUUCUUGUGAGAAAGCUGACAAAGCUGCCUAAAAAUAAGUGCUGGUUCAUUGGGUUUUCCUAUGGGGAUAGUGUACAAAAAGCUAACAAAUUCAAUGAAAGCUGGCAGACUGAGCUGAGCAUUGGUCAACAUGAUUGUCGUGAUUACACCAAUGGUUUGGUUGGGUACCUCACCGGUGAGGAACACGUGUUGAAGCAUCUAAGAGGAAUCCUGGCUGAUUGAGAUUCUGUGUAUGCAGUUUAUUGUCUGUGCUCACCAGGAACAGAUAUUGUAUCUGUUGCCAGAAUGUGUAUAGUUCCAUGAACCUGAUGAUACAAAAGUAUGCUUCAAUGUAAUUAUUUUUUAUGCAAAAGUUAUCAAUUAUGAGAAAAUUUGUUCUUUGUCA